GUCUGUCAGCAGCACUCCUCCAGCGCACCCUGGACAAACACAAACAUCUUUAUAGCAAUGUGUGUUACAUCUUAGGCAGCCAGUUCCAAUCAGAUAUGCAAGGCGUUUCAAACCUUAGCAUGUCCUCUGAGUGUCUCCAGACCUCCAGUGUGCCACUGAGAACUGGGAGUCUCUUCCCUCCAAAAGAGACUGUGAUCAAGGAAGAUGUUUGUUUACUUGUAGUUUAGGUGCUCAUAAGAAGCAGAGGUAUUGUGCUAGGUAUGAGAGGAAAGCAGUCAAAGGAACUGGCAGACGAGGAAAUAAAACAACAAAGAAGAAAGAUCAUGGCUUGUGAACAGAGACUGACAACAGCUGACAGGAUUCACAAGCACACUGUCACGCACUUCGGCUACAGGGUGCUGAGUUUGACCUGCCGCGGCAUGGUCGACCCUCCUGAGGAACUAUUGGAGAUCUCGGAACUGCAGAAGCUCAAUCUGUCCCUUAACUGCUUGCCCUCACUUCCAGCAUCAGUGGGCAUCCUUCAGAACCUCGUGGUGCUCAACUUGUGGGGUAAAUAGCUCACUACUCUGCCCCCAGAGAUAGGGCAGCUGCGGAACCUGAAGGUGCUCUUUGCCUAUCGCAAAUGCUUAAAUGAGGUCCUGGAGGAACUGGGCUACUGCAGCAAGCUCGAGGCGAGUUUAGCAAACAACCAGCUCACGUACCUCCCGGACAGCCUGUCAGAACUUACGCACCCAAAGGUCAACCUGAGCCACAAACAGAUUGCACAUAUCCCAGUGUGCAUCUACACCAUGAAGAGCCUGGCCUUCUUAGACAUGGCCUGCAACAGGCUAGAGAACAUCACUGAGAAGAUCCAGGCCCUGGCUGACCUAAAGAUCCCCAUCAUGGAAGGGAACUAUAUUCACUCUCUGCCAAGGAUGUUCGGCUGCCUGACCGAGCUGGAACUUCUCAAUGUAGACUAUAAUGAAAUUCAAAAUAUUACAGCUGAAAUGCACCAAUUGACCAGCCUGGGGAAACUUGCGUGCCACCCACUGGAUAAAGGACUCCAUAUUAUGUACAACCCUCUGUCAAAGCCCAUUAAAGAAGUGUUGGAUGGAGGCCUUCAAGGUCUUUAUAACUACCUCAAGGCCAACUAAAAUGUGUUGCCAUAAGAUGGAGAGAGCAUACAGCUAUAAGAGACUGCAAUUACUAGGCUAC